AUAUUUAAACAAAAUUAAAAUAAAACCAAAACCAACGCAAAUAAUGUCGGGAAAAGACAUCUACUCUGAGGUGAGAAACUCGCGAGACUUUACGGGGAAAGUAGUUUUGGUGACCGGAAGUGCCGGCGGUAUCGGCGAACAAAUCGCCAAACUAUACUCGGCUUUAGGCGCCGGUGUUGUCAUCACCGGUCGGCGCGCCGAUGGACUCAAACGUGUGGCACAAGAGUGUCAACAAUUGUCGCCAACAAACCUGAAGGCUAUAGAAAUACCGGCCGAUCUGACCAAUGAUGAUGAUCUGCACCGUGUGUUCAAUGAGACCAUUAAGACAUUCAAACGGCUGGAUGUGUUGGUCAAUAACGCCGGCGUCUAUCUAAAGGCCAACGGAACCGAUGAUAACUUUUUAGACAUUUUGGACAAAUCACUGAAAGUAGAUCUGAAGGCAUCGCUUACUCUCAUCCGACUCUUUCAGCCAUAUCUUAAGCAAACCAAAGGAAAUAUUGUUAACAUUACGUCUGUUGUGACCGAAAGACCGUCAAAAUCCUUUUUGGGAUAUCAAUUGGCAAAACAGGGCCUCGAAAUGGCCACAACUACACUGGCACUGGAGUUGGCCCCACACGGCAUUAGGGUUAAUAGUGUCAGCAUAGGAGUGGUUCGGUCUUAUCCGCUAUGGCCUGACGCCGAUGUGGAGAAAGUGACGGCUAAAUCACCCGCAAUGACACCACUCGGACGUAAUGGUGAGCCCAUAGAAGUGGCCAAAGCCGUGGUAUUCCUGUCCUCAUCUGACGCCUCAUUCAUAACGGGACACAAACUGGAAGUCGACGGAGGAAUCAAAUAUAACAUUGGAUCAGAUUAUAUGUUUGGUUAGAUCAUUACAUUGAUGAUUAAUGUAACUUUUAUCUUGAUUAAAUA